AUGGAGGAGCAGGACAAAGAAGACUAUUCUGCUUCUUUUUCAUGGUGGUCUGAUGGCCAUAAGCGUCCUCAGCAAUCGCAAUGGCUUCAAGCUGCUCUCUCAGAUUUGGAUAACAAGACUAAAACGAUACUAAAUAUUAUACAAGAUGAUGGAGAUUCAUUUGCAAAGAGAGCUGAGAUGUUUUAUAAGAGAAGACCAGAGCUUAUAAACCUGGUGCAUGACUUGCACAAUUCCUACCGUUCUUUAGCUGAAAAGUAUGAUCAACUUAGAUCUGAACGCAUUCGUGUUUCCCAUUUGAAAUCAUCAUCCUCUUCGUCAUCAAACUCCUCCAAACAAGUCCCACUCUUCCAGGCUUGUAAUGGAGGUAAUGUUGCGAGCACCAAAUUGGAAGCACCAACUUCCCGCCCUGACUCUGUUGCAGAAGAAAAAUAUAGUGUUGGACACGAAAAUGAGUCAAUGUCAAGUGAACAAUGCAAGAUCCUGAAGAUCAAUCGAGAUGUUGAUAGAAAAGUCAACGAAAGUGGGCUGGAAAAGAUCAUUAAUGGUGUUGGAUUGAAUGGAAACAUUGAUGGUGAUGAUUUCCAAAUGGAAAGCCUCGAAAAGGAGAAACUGCGGAAUGAAUUAAGGCUUCAGGUCUCAGAACUGAUAGAGGAUAGUUUGCAGCAGCAGAGUGAGCUAAUAAAGAGAAAUGACGAAAAGAGAGAAGUGAUCAAACAUCUUCGAACCCAAAUCAACAGGCUAAACGAAGAGAAUAGGGUCCUGAAGAGUUAUCUACCAAGCUACAAGGUGGAUAUGAAGCGGAACGCCAAAUCUAAUGUAUCAAAGCUGAAGGGGCUGAAUUGCAUUGGCAAGUUUCAGGACUAG